CUGAGUGCCGUGAACGGACGAAAAGAUGGAAGUGAGUUGAGGGAAGUGAAUUUGUUCCGCUCCUUCCACGUGAUGAAGAUGACAGUCUGAUCCGCUUGCCAUUGCUUUCCCCUCAGGAAGAGAAACCUGAACCAAGGCCUUGUUCUCCUACCAGCUUCUGAUAUAUUCGACAUCCACAAACGAGAAUCCGACGUACACAGAAUCAUCAGAGGCGGCCAUCAUCAGAAAAGGCUACUUACAAGGCCGUCGAGCUCAACAAACAAGGCGCUUACUUCCCACAGAUCGUCUCGGAGGAGGCCAAGCAGCAGAGAACGAAGAAGAACAGCUUUGGACCGGCGAGGAAACGUAUCCUCACCAAGGCCGUGGCAAUUUCUGCGCCGUUUCCGGAACUCGAAGGCGUUGCAGACAACAUAACGACAAUGCCGAGCUCACACUUCAAGGCGACCAAGAGCUCGAUGACCGACCAAUUUCAACUGGUCGUUGGUAUCACGUUGGCCACAUACACAUCGGCCGUGACUGAGAAUCCUAUCUACGAAGAGACAUUGGUCGAGGCAAUCCGCGAGACAUUAGAGCCUGCGAACGAGUAUACCAAUGUCGUCGACUUGAAUGGCGCCAACAUGGCCUUGGACGGUCUGUACAUGUUCCUCAACCUUCGGCAGGACCUCACCACCGACGAACCGGCCAUCGAUAGAGCCUUUGCCGAAUGGCAAAAAGUUGACGUCCAGGAGGUGUUCUCCAAGCCUCGCGGCGGAGACCCCGAGUUCCAAGUCAUCGUCACCCGAGAUACUCUGAAGGCACUUGGGCGUGGAGUGAGGGCCAAGGGUGGUGCGAUGGAGACCAAAGCCAUCUACCGAAACCGCGUCGUGCCGAUUAUCAUCGGGUUUGCUGACAGAUGGCAAAGGGCCCAGACCACAGACGAGACUGCCCUUGGCCAGCUUGCUUACGACGUUUAUCGCUCGGACAUGAUCACAAAGAGUGAUGCACUCCAACCAAUAUCGAUGGCACGACCCAAAUUUCACGGAGACGCGAGAUUUGUGCUGCUCAAGACGGUGACAUUGCUGCACGCCCAGUUUGCUCGGGACGUCCUCAAGAAGCAGUUUCAAUAUAUCAACACCUGCACGAGCUAUCCGAAAGAGUGGGACACCACUCGGUCGCUCGAAGAUCUGAAACUCGCUGCGCUGAGCGCUCCCACGGGCGAGGCAUUGGACGAUGCGAUUAAGCAAAUCACAGCAGUCAUCACAUCGGAGGCGGCUGCUGACCUCUGCGUCAGUAUUCGACUGUCGAAGUUCAUGACCGAGAUGUUGGGAGACUUUAUCAAGGCCAUAAUGGAGGAACCAUCUCAGACCAACCCACAAGAGUCGGAGGACAUGGACGUUCAACCUGGCACAGCGGCCGUUGCAGACGUUGAAGACGAAGACGACGGGGCCUAUUCGGAGUUCGAGGGGUUUGAUUGAAACAAGGGUCGGUGAAGAAUACGAGUGGUUCUCAGGGCAUGGGCAUCUACAGGGAACAUAAUGUGUUAACUCGGCCAGGGUCAUACGACGGACGGGGCAUCAUUCAUCAAGGCUUGAGUUGUGGAGGCACACGAUUUACCACCAACUUUGAAGAGGG